UGGCUAAAUGAUUCAGUCUCAACGCCCAGUUUUGGGGAUUAUUUCAUGGGCAAAAAUUCACAGGACUUUCCUCUCAAGGGGAUUUGUCCUGGAUGAAAACUAGGGACUGGACCCCCAGGCUUGUUGGUGUCUCCCUGUCUGUGCUGUAGAAGCUCUCAGGAUGGACUCGUACCUGAUCCAGGUGAAUGGCCAUGGAGAUCACGCCCCUAUGCUAGAUGUUCAUCUCAAGAACACUGGGAACACCAUAUCACCAGGGAAGGUGAAGGGUCGGAAGCCAAGAUGGGCUGUCAGGGCUUCUGAAAUGUCAAAGAAGACUUUCAAUCCCAUCCGAGCCAUUGUAGACAGCAUGAAGGUGGAACCCAACCCAAAGAAAGCCAUGAUCUCCUUGUCCUUAGGAGACCCGACGGUCUUUGGAAACCUUCCCACAAAUGAUGAAGUCACACGGGCUGUGAAGGAGGUUUUGGACUCAGGACAGUACAAUGGUUAUGCUCCAUCUGUUGGCUACCAGUCCUGCCGGGAAGCUGUGGCUGCAUACUACAACUGCCCAGAGGCACCACUGAAGGCCCAGGAUGUCAUCUUAACGAGUGGCUGCAGCCAGGCCAUAGAGCUUGCCUUGGCAGUGCUGGCCAACCCAGGCCAGAACAUCCUGGUGCCACGGCCUGGCUUCUCCCUCUACAAGACUCUGGCAUUGUCUAUGGGGAUAGAGGUCAAACUCUAUAACCUCUUGCCAGAGAAGGCCUGGGAAAUUGAUUUGGAGCACUUGGAGUCUUUGGUGGAUGAGAAAACAGCUUGCGUCAUUGUGAACAACCCGUCGAACCCCUGUGGCUCUGUGUUCAGCAAGAGCCACCUCCAGGAGAUCCUGGCAGUGGCAUCAAGACAGUGUGUGCCCAUCCUGGCUGACGAGAUCUACGGAGACAUGGUAUUCGCUGACUGCAAGUAUGAACCCAUUGCAACUCUCAGCACCAAUGUGCCAGUCUUGUCCUGCGGUGGCUUGGCAAAGCGAUGGCUAGUCCCUGGCUGGCGGAUGGGCUGGAUCCUAAUUCAUGACAGGAGAGACAUCUUUGGUAAUGAGAUCAGGGACGGCCUUCUAAGACUGAGUCAGAGGAUCCUAGGACCCUGUACAAUUGUCCAAGGAGCUCUGGAGCGUAUCUUGCACCGAACACCACCUGAGUUCUACCACAACACCCUGAGCAUCCUCAAGUCUAACGCUGACCUUUGUUAUGCUGCCUUAUCAGCUAUCCCUGGCCUUCAGCCUGUCAGGCCUGCUGGAGCCAUGUACCUGAUGGUUGAGAUAGAGAUGGAGCAUUUUCCGGAGUUUGAAAAUGAUGUGGAGUUCACUGAGCGACUCAUCUCGGAGCAGUCUGUGUUCUGCUUGCCAGCCACGUGCUUUGAGUACCCAAACUUCUUCCGCGUAGUGACCACCGUGCCUGAGGAGAUGAUCUUGGAGGCCUGCAGUCGCAUUCAGGAGUUCUGUGAGAUGCACUACCAGGGUGCUGAGGGGGCCCAGGAUCUGGAGUGUGACAAGUAGCUACAGUUGGCCCCCUGCCUCUGUCAGGCUAGACCUUGUAUGAGGCAGCAGCUGGGCAGGCAAGGCUGCUUCCAGCCCCACCUCUCCCUGCCUGUAAGCAGCCACUGUCCUGCUGCUUCACUUUUUGUGCUCCACAGACUCCUCAGCAUUAUGGAAAGAGGAAGACACUUCUCUCUCCUCCUCCACUAGAGCUUGCACAUCCUCUUGCUUCCAGUCCCCCAUGUCUCUGUAGACUCAGCAUCUGUGCCCUGUGUUGGUCUGUGCUACCUGUGAACCAGCUGCAAGCAGGGACAGAAGGUUGUUCCUGGGUUCCAGGGCCCUGUGGCAAAGGCCCUGUUGGCCGUGGCUCCUGUGUUGGCCACACUUCCCCUUGGGGACAGGAGAAGGCCGCUGUCUUGGAGGAUCAGAGAAAAGUACACACCUCUCACUUCCCUGUGUUACCUUAGGAGGCCAGAGCUCUUUAUACUGAGCCCUUUGCGUGAUAAAGGGAGUAAGUUAUUUUAACUUUUUUAUUAAUAAAAAUUCUGACAUGGCAGUCCUGCACUGUCCUACUGUUGCGCUAGGUUAGGCUUGGUCUCUGUGUGGGUCACCUUUGCUCACAUCAUGGCAUUGCAGUGCACCAGGCAUGUCCCUAUGUGCCCAGGGCCAUCCUGUGUGCCAGCAGGGAUAUAGUGAGAGUGAUUCAGACCCCCAAAGAAACCCACCAACCCUGAGAGCAGGAUGGCCCCUGAAAGCUUGGCACAGACUGGAGCCAACCCCUCCUGCCCUGAUGAUGUUGGCAGCUUGCCCUGGCAGCCUGUCCACUCCCCACAGAACAGUCAUGUCUGCACCUUCUCCUUGGCCCUCACAGCCUCCCCCACUGUGGACCCCCGCAGAGCAGUGGGUGCUGUGCUUGCUGCUGCAGGGAGGCAACUGUCCCCUAAAUACUCAAGGCUUGGCAUGCCUUUCCUGCUGUAGUGGUGAAUCAUGGGGUGGCACCCCAUGGCUCAUACUAUAUGUGGUGUUUAUGAUAUGCCAGCGGUACCAGGGUUACUGAUUGCUGAACACGUCAGCUCCAUAAAGUAAUAAGGAACUGGUGGCCUGUUGUCUGUUUAUUCAGUGGAAAUGGGAGGAGAUGAUAAUGCCCAUUGCAACAUGUGUUCUGGUGACAUGUUCAGGUGAGAUGUUCCGUUUCUGGAACUGUCAGAGGGGCAACUUGUGGAGUGCCUUACAUUGCCACCUGCAGCUCUGUUCACGUGUCCUCCCCCAGGGUUGGGAUCCACAGGUCAAGUCUGCUUCCCCAGUGAUAGGAGCUAGCUCUAGAUUACACCUGGCCAGUCCUGCCAGGUUCUAUAAUGGUCUAAGUGCCUCCCCUUACCUUGCCCAGUACAAAAUCUGAGUACCAGUACUCCAUUAGAAGGGAGAGCUAAAUGAGAAAGAUAACAGUGUAUGGAAAGGUCUUUGACAUGUCAGCUGAGUGCCCAUGCUACAUCUUUUCCUUUCACAGAAAACAAUCCCAGAACAAAAAGAGAGGGAAGCUGGGGUUAUGAGUGAAUGGUACACAGCUUCAGAGAUUUCAUGCCAUUAGACCUUCAAAUAGAGCUGAAUAACCAGAACUGCUUAAGACAUUGACAAGUAACAAGCAGGGUGGUGUAUGAAAGGUCUGUUGGACCAGGAGCCUUUCCAGUAUGAUGUUGCUGCAUUGUUAUGCCAUCUUGAACCUACUACAGCUUUCAUGUACCAUCUGCUUCCUUCAACUCUUCUCCAUGUAGCUUAGGUUCUGUGCCUUUAAUCCCCAUUACUAAUAAACAGACCCUGGUUUUAG